UCUCUCUCCCACACCCAUUAUUCCACUCACUUCACUCUUUUCAAACUUUCAUUUCAACUUCUCUUCUCUCAAAUUUCUUCCAGAUAGAGACGAGAACCCACAACCAACUGAAUUCAAUUCAAUUGAAUUCCAGGGAUGAGAGAAAUCAUAAGCAUACACAUAGGCCAGGCCGGAAUUCAGGUCGGCAACUCCUGCUGGGAGCUCUACUGCCUUGAGCAUGGCAUUCAGCCUGAUGGCAUGAUGCCUAGUGACACAUCCGUUGGCACCGAAAACGAUUCUUUCAAUACCUUCUUCAGUGAAACCAGGGCUGGCAAGCAUGUACCUAGGGCUGUUUUUGUAGAUCUUGAACCCACUGUUGUUGAUGAAGUAAGAACUGGCACAUACAGACAACUCUUUCAUCCUGAGCAACUUAUUUCUGGUAAGGAGGAUGCUGCCAAUAACUUUGCCCGAGGACACUAUACAGUGGGUAGGGAUAUCAUUGACCUAUGUCUUGAUCGGGUUAGAAAGCUGGCUGACAACUGCACUGGUCUGCAAGGCUUUUUGGUGUUCAAUGCUGUUGGUGGUGGCACCGGCUCUGGUUUGGGGUCCUUGCUUCUUGAGCGCCUCUCUGUAGAUUAUGGAAAAAAGUCCAAACUUGGUUUUACUAUUUAUCCAUCUCCGCAGGUUUCUACUGCAGUGGUGGAGCCUUAUAACAGUGUCUUGUCUACUCACUCCCUACUGGAACAUACAGAUGUUGUGGUCCUUUUGGACAAUGAAGCUAUAUAUGACAUCUGCAGGAGAGCCUUGGACAUUGAGAGGCCAACUUACACAAACUUGAACCGUCUAAUUUCUCAAAUCAUCUCAUCUUUGACCACUUCCUUGAGGUUUGAUGGUGCCAUUAAUGUAGACAUCACCGAGUUUCAAACAAACCUUGUACCUUAUCCUCGCAUCCAUUUCAUGCUUUCAUCUUAUGCACCCGUUAUCUCAGCAGCUAAAGCUUACCACGAACAAUUAUCUGUUCCCGAGAUCACAAAUGCUGUAUUUGAACCUUCAAGUAUGAUGGCCAAGUGUGACCCACGGCAUGGGAAAUAUAUGGCAUGUUGUCUGAUGUAUCGAGGUGAUGUUGUUCCUAAAGAUGUUAAUGCUGCUGUUGCUAGUAUUAAAACAAAGCGGACUGUUCAGUUUGUUGACUGGUGCCCAACUGGUUUCAAGUGUGGCAUCAACUACCAACCACCUACAGUGGUGCCUGGGGGUGAUCUCGCCCGUGUGCAGCGUGCUGUCUGCAUGAUAAGCAACAACACAGCUGUAGCAGAAGUCUUCUCUCGUAUUGAUCACAAAUUUGAUCUCAUGUACGCUAAGCGAGCAUUUGUUCACUGGUAUGUGGGUGAAGGCAUGGAGGAAGGUGAGUUCUCUGAAGCCCGUGAGGAUCUUGCUGCCCUCGAAAAGGACUAUGAAGAAGUGGGUGCAGAAGGUGCGGAUGAGGAAGAUGAAGGGGAAGAGUACUGAAAGUAGUUUUGUGCUUAAUGUAUGAUAUGUUCUGUGAAUUUAUGCAUUCCUCUUCACGUUAUAACUUGUUUCCUGUCACCAUUCUUUUCAUCUCUUAUCCUACGUUGUGUAUCUUAUGAUUGUUUGGAGUUAUAUUCCAAAAUAAAAGAAAUUUGUUAUUGCUAUUA